AUAUUUUCAGACUAUUUUGGAUAAAUUAGUUUUAUCAAAGUUUAUCCCAUUAUUAAGAUGAUAACAUGGAAAAUUCUUCGUCCAACUAAUCAGAUUAUUGGGCAACUUACUCGCAGUUUUAAAUCAGAUUUAAAAAUAAAAUGGGUUCGUCCGGAGAAAAUCGCUAGCACUGAACCUAUAAAAAGUGGUGAUGCUCCAACGUUACCUAAUUUAGAUCCAAAAGAAUUCGUAUUAAAAUUUCGUGGGAUUCCUGAAUUAGAACAGGCCGAUGAAAUCGUUAAAGAUUUAUUCCGUCUUCAAAAUAAUCGCCGACCUUGUACUUCGCAAAUUUAUAAAGAAAUGUUUAUAACUGAUGUCCAAAGGCAUAAACUAGAUAAAGGUUCAAUGGAAGCUAGAAUUGCCGGUAUGACUGCAGCUAUUCGGCGUCUUCAAGAUUUAAUGAGAGAACACCCAAGAAAUAUUCGUAUUAAAUGUAUUCUUAAGGAACUGAUUGAUAAAAGAAAGAAGUUUCUUAAAUAUUUACGACGUUGGGAUUAUAAACGAUUUGAAUGGCUAUUGGAAAAGUUGGAUUUGAUUUACAAACCAGCACCAUCUCAAUUUCAUUGGAUAACAAGAAAAGAGUCUUUGCAAAAAUUAACUAAUACUCAUUGCGAAAAUAUUAGACAAGAACGUUUAGAUGAAUAUCGGAAAUAUUUACAAAGUCAACAAAUAAUUUUCCUUGAAACAAAAAUUAAUAAUUUAGAAUUUAUUCGCAAAGAACAGGAGGAAUGUCAAGUUGAAGUGACCGUUUCAUUAGACGACAUUGCUAAAGUUAAGAAACAAUUAAGUGAACUCAGAGAAGCUAGAAAGUCGUUAGAAGAUAAUAAAGAAAAAACGGAAAGUUGAAUUAUGUUGACAAUAUUUUAAAUUGAAAUGAAUAUAAAGUUUAAGAUUUCUUUUAAUAUGUAUGCGGUUAUUUUCAAAUAAAACAACUAUAUAAAAUUUUCAAGAAUGAGAA